ACUCUAAAAUCGUUUGCCCGGGCAAAAGCUCUCGCCUCUCUUUCUCUCUCUCUCUCUCGCUAGGCUGCGGCGUCACUUUUUUAUUUUCCCCCAUUCCCAGUUGCAAAACAACACGUCCGGGCUCAAUAUCACUAGAACCUAAUUGAGGUGAUUUCUCAUAUACGUGUAACUCGGUAUGAGUUGAAGUAUUCGUUCGUUCUCGCGGCUCUCGGAUGGUUUUUGGUAUAUUUAUAGUACGAUGACCUGAAUCGCGAUCGAAAUAUCAAAUCGGGGGUGCAAAAUAUGAGAAACGACACCAGAGAUGGGAUUUAAAGGGAUUUUGCUGCUAUGUUGUCACCUGCUGGUUAUAAGGAUUAUUUUUAAUGUUGCUGCUGGGACCUCGACCGCCGUUAAGCGAGCUGAAUUAAAAAAGGACCACUGUAAUAAGACGGUGGACGUAUACGAAGAUGUUUCCAGUCCAGAGGUGACCCAGGAAAACUUCGGGAAGCCGCUUACCUGCUGGUACAGGUUCCGGUCUUUCCGAGGUGCCCCCAAAGACUGGAUCUUACGGAUAAAAUUCAACAAAUUUAAGGUGGGCAAUCUAAUUAACGCCACCCAUUGCGAGGGAGGAUUUAUGCAGAUAGUGGACGGUAACACGAAAACCGACGUGUCCAACCGAAAAGAGCCGGGAAUGUACUGUGGCGAGAGCGAGCAACCCCAAACAUUCAUGUCCGAAACUUCGUUUGUGAAAAUGUUAUUCCACGUAGAAAAUUUCACGGAUCAAACAUAUUUUAGCUUCGAUACAAGGGCGGAACAGCAACUAGUUGUAUAUUUAAGAUACGGCCAGCAUCCGGAGCUUUAUCCCAACCGGAGGGGUGAGGUAGUGCAAGGGUCUUACUGCGAGCGGAUCUUCAAAGACUGCCGCCUGCAGACCUGCUACGUUCAAUCACCAGCAUAUCCCGGGGUUUAUCCUAGAAAUCUGCACUGUAGAUAUUAUCUUAACACGCGGUUGCCUUUUAUUAAACUUUAUAUCGAAAAUGAGGAGUUCAACAUUGACGGACAGCGAUGCGAGAAUAUCAUGACUUGUCCUAUGAGGCCGAUAUCCUCGGGAGACGAGAAUUGCCCGUACGAUUACAUCAAAAUCUACGAUGGGAAAAACGAGUUGAGUCCAGUUAUCGGGACGUUUUGCGGCAUGGGCAAGUUUCCAUACUCGAUCAUCGGCACUUCCCAGGAUUUAUUUGUGGAAUUCGUGACGUCACCCGCAGGUCCCCUCUUAAACACCGGAUUCCACUUUAACGUGGGAAAUUGGCCCGGACACGUGGACACGGCCGGAAGCAGAAAUGGCACCUGCGACUGGUUGCUGUCCUCGGACAGCCUCAGAGCCUCGGGAGACUCCGAGGGGAUUUUUUUAUCAGUCGCCCACUGGUACCCUCCAUACACUAGCUGCACCUAUUUGAUGCAAGGCGAGGAGGGCGAAGUGGUCAGAUUAUAUUUUCCUAGUUUUAGGAUAAACCGAAUUGAGUCCCCCAUUCAGCCGACAGAUAGUGACUGCGGGGAAUCUUUGACGCUCUACGACGCCUCUUGGGCGGACGACUCGAAAAUCAUCAAGACUUUUUGUGAUACGUUUUCAAAAGCGAUGGAAAAGUACGAUUUUGUCUCCACCGGUAAUUCGUUGUUCGUCAAGUUUGAAAGUAAGACGGGAAGCUAUAGUGGGUCGUCUUUGUACUACUGGGCCCACUAUGACUUCUUUAAUAACACCAAACUGGGUGAGGCGGUGCCUGGAAAGAAAUGCGAUGAGGUUUUUGCCUCAUGGAAGCAAAAAAAGGGUUGGCUGAGAUCUCCUAUGAACACUUUGGUGUACAAACAGCAGCAUUCCAAUGAGGACGUCAAUUGCUUGUAUCGGUUUGUUAGUGAUAAAAGGCUGUUUGCCAGAGUUAUUGUUACCAUUACUUGUGUUAACUUUAAGGACCACCCUUACAACUCCAGCCCUUGCGUCAAUUGUAUAGAAGAUCGGGUAGAUAAGUUGGUCGUAUGGGAACCUUUACCCCACGGAGCGAACUCUUCUUCUCAUAGUCCAAUAUCACUAAAUAAAGCGAUGCAGUCUGGAGAAGUCACCUGUAUCUGUAACCGACAAUCAUUUUCCACUCAAGUAAUAUCUAAAGGAGAACAUCUUAACUUGCAACUGAUAGUAGAUGGGGCCCACAGUGCUCUAAGUUACUUCAAACACUCAAUGCCUCUGUUUGAAGCUACUUAUGAGUUUGUCCACGGACCUCUUUGUGGACCUGCAAUAAUCCAUCCUAUCACCGAUGGGGAAAUUCAUUAUCCUUAUUAUGAAGCCAUUGGUUAUGUUGAGCCACCAAAAUCCAUAAGGUGUAUAUGGGAAAUUAAGAUUAAUAAGGACCGUGACCUGUGGCUCCACUUUGACCACAUAAAAUUCAACUCGAACUCCUGCGAUGACGGUAUCGUGGACAUCUUUUUACGUGGAAGAUCCGAUCCGUUUCUAUCGUUAUGCGGGGAAAACGUUUCUUUGGCUAAGGAACUGCCCAUCUUAUCAUCAGGAGAACUGAGCCCUGACGGUACUGAAACAUCUAUCACCAUUCAGUUCAUCGGUCGUUCAUCUCCUACACGAGCAGCUUUUAAGAUAGCGUGGACGGAACUGUUCCAUUUGCCGAGAAACAUUGAUGGCACCUUAAUGACUUCUAAGUUGACCGAGGGUGGAAUAUCCGCCGAACUGGGGGAGUGCGAGUUUACUUGUCCUGGGGAACAAGGACUGUGUAUACCUGCCAGACUCGUGUGUAAUGGGGUGGUUAAUUGUCCAAACGUGUCUGAUCAUAAAGGAGCUGCGUCUGUUGGAGCUUAUGAAGAAAUACUUGACAUGCCGCCGGCGCGGUCUACAUCAGCGUGUGACCCUCCUAUCCCUGCAGCUGCACCUACAGUACCGAGCAAAAGUUUUUUCUACAACGACGAAUCUCCGGACAUUUGCACGCAGGUGACCACUCCAAAGAUCAAUUGGUUUUACGUCGGUGCUGCCACUAUAUCGGUUCUGUUGUUCAUGUGCGGUUGCUGUAUAUUUUUAUGUCGCAAAUGUUACACGGACUGUUCGCACCGUGACUAAUAAUUAAUAAUUUUUAUAGUGUAACUUGUAUAAUGAUAAUGGCGAGUAAAAUCGCCUUAAUGUUCAAUUCCUGAGCCUUAUGACACUGGUUUUAUAUUUUGGUCGCGACGAGCGUUAGUAGAGAUUUUUAUAUGUAGGUACAAGCAAUGCGCAGAGACAGACGUAUGGUCGAUUGGUACCAAGUACCGUUGUUUCAACUAAAAUAUAAUUCCAGUUAUCCCAGUAUUAAUAUGUACAGUUUUUAAGACGAGAAAACUUUUUUAAACAAAGAACCCUUUUAAAUAGUAGUUAGAUAUAAGCCGUUUUAUGAUUCGGAACCCAAGUUUAGCAAGUAAUGGUGUACACAGUUUACGUUUUGUUUUUUUUUGUUCAAAGGGGCUGUAGAGCAGAUUUUUGAGUUGGUAUGCUGUAUAAUACACAAAUUACGAAUGAAAUUCUAAAUUAGACUGAAUUUUAAAUUGAUUUUAACUUCAAAAUUUUUAAACGGUGGUCUUGGUCUGCGUUGUGCGUCCCGAGCCGCCUCUCUAAUUUAGGCAAUGAAUAAAUCCAAAUGAUACUGUACAAAA